UUAGGUUAUAAAAAUAGAAAACCUCACAGCCUUAAAUCUCCAGUUUCCUACUUCCUCUCCUCUAUGAGUGUCUUCUCAAAUUAAUCUCUCAAUUCUCUUUUAGUGAUCUAAAAGAUCUUCUUCCUUGAAUUCUCCAUCCUUGAAGGUAAAAGUGAAACGAUGACGGAACCUUGUACCCCAGAAACACAAGAAAGAAACAGAGGCAACACCGAGGAAAUAAGCGAAACGGAUCUUAAUGGCCUUGACGGUUCUGAUAGAAAGGCUAUAAUGGAGUGGAUACGUUAUGAAGAUGAGGAAGAAAAAUAUAAACCCUAUAUUUCUCAUGUGAUUCAAAAGACACUAAAUAGCGAAUAUGAAAGUUCAAGACAAGUAUACGAUGAACUUAAACUCUUAAAGCCUAUUCGUACCAAACUUACAGAGGGAAAAGAUAAGCUUCUUGUUGAAACCUAUGCUACUGAGUAUUUCUAUCACUGUGCACUGAAGAAAAAGGCCGAGAUUGUUAAGGAUCGAGCAAGAGAGAGGAGAGCAUAAACGCGGAAGCAUAAAAGACU